AUGCAGUUAACGCAGGACCAGCUCCAGAAGAAAAACGAAGAGGUCAUAGGAAUGUAUCAAGAAAAGUGCAAAAAGCACACACAGAUGACCAACCUUUAUAACCUCCUGAAAAGCCGUGCCAUGCGAUCUCAAAUCCAAACAGCUGCUUCAGACUCGGUUUCGCAGACCUUGCAGUCACUACCCCGAAUGGACAAUAGCAAUACACGAGUGCCUAUGCCUGGAAUGAACAAUUUCACUAGCAAUGGCAGCAGACCAAUGGUUCCACAGAGUACGAGACUCACAUCAAGACAUUUCAAUGCCCUCCCAUCCCCUGAAUUCCAGACCUUGAGUAGCGGUGCAGAACGGCUUUCUAGGCAUCAGAGGAGUGGUGGUGCAAGCUCAAGAGAAAAGCAAGGUAGACUUGGCAUUGACCUUGAAUCAAUGCCACCUCCUCCAAAGUUGCCUUUUGCUGCUCACCAGCAAUCAAUUCCAACGCCAUCUCACCACCGUACACGUCUUCCUGCCGCGCCGCAAGCAGCCUUUGUACGAAACGAACAAGAACAAAUGGAGCGAGCGACAUCGACUGUGGACUUUAGUCGUUUCAAAGACUUUACCUUCAAUCCUGGUUGA